AUGGACAAAGAAUGCGAAACAUGCCGCCUCAUCAACCUGGCUAACCAAUUUCGCCCUCCAACUCUCUCUCCUUCCAUCUCACCAUCUCUCUCCCAGUUCAUUCCCGGAAAGUGGAUUAGUGAAGAUUGCGAAAACAGGCCCUACGGGAUUUUCCAGAAAAGGACGAUGACAUUUUCAGCCACCAAGAGGAAGGAAAAGUUGCAGGCAUGGAAGGGUGCACUGGAGAUUGUGUUAAACUUUUAUGCGGAUGAGUUGUGCACUCGUCCCACUCACAUCGUGAAGUUGGUCGGAAAGUAUGCAGUGGAUGUGAACCGCGAUGUUUUGAGGAUGGUGAAUUUAAAAAGGAAUGUUAGUGAACAGCUCAACUUGCCAGAACAUUCUUGGAAUGUUUUUAUUGAGAUAAGCAACAUGUCUGCCAGCGUCAACGAUGACAAAGUGCUUUCGCAGGCCAUCUUAGACCACGAAUGCUCGUUUCUCAUCAAUCAAAACACUAGUAACAAUAACAACAUCAACUACAACAAAAAUAACAUCAACUACAACAACAACAAACUUCAAAACAACAUCAACCUCAAAAAAGAAACAAAAACAGCAGCAGCUGCGGGUUCUUACUUGGGCUGCCCAACAUUAAAAGUGAUGUUAUCCUCCUCCAAAUACAUUGAUACUAUGAAACUUGUGGUGAGGAAAUCUCUGUCGCCAUCACAGCAACAUUUGUAUUUGCUGGUAGGACAGCCGUCAACAGCUGGUGUGGAGUGGUUAGGGUCUUUGUCAUCAUCGUCAUCUUCUUCGUCGUCAUCAUCGUCUUCAUCAUCAUCAACAUCUAAAAUGGUUUCCUCUACUUCACCCUCGUCAUCAUUUCCUUCGUCGUCAGCACUACCUCCGUGGAUGCAAGAGUACGUAAAGAGCAUUGAAGAGUGGAUCCACCGUACAAUAUCAAGAAGAUGA